ACCAAGAGUCCAUCCGUAAGGCGCAUCAUGCGAGAAGCCGCCGAAUUCGCCAACCAGCCGUCUUCUGACUUCACAGCUGCACCGCUCGAAUCUGACCUAUUCGAAUGGCACUUUACGCUCAGAGGUCCCCCCGCGCCAUCACCUUUCGACGGCGGUAUCUACCAUGGCCGCAUUGUUCUCCCGCCCGCGUACCCUCUCAAGCCGCCUAGCUUCCGCUUUCUGACGCCCACCGGUCGCUUCGAGGUCAAUCGUGAGAUCUGUCUUAGCAUAUCGGGUCACCAUGAAGAGACAUGGCAGCCCGCGUGGGGCAUUCGCACUGCUCUAGUGGCGAUACGGAGCUUCAUGGACACGGACGCAAAAGGCCAGCUGGGCGGUAUGGAUGCAGCAGAGGAAGCCAGAAAGAGGUUCGCGAGACAGAGUAAGGCGUCAAAAUGCCAGACGUGCGGCAAGACGAACGAGCAGAUCAUGGCGGAGCAGGAGGAACUCGUGAAGGAAGCCGGAGGGGAGAAGAAGCCGGAGGAGGUACCCGAAGAACUCCGGCUGGCCUACAGAGAGGACUUGAAGGACAACAGUGCCGCGAAGGCUGAGCAGAGCACCAGCGAGCGAACUGCCGUACCUGCCCCUGCAGGAGCAACCUCAGCCGUGGAUGUUACUCAGAUGAAGCAGAGAACUACAGGACAGGCCGCUGUGCCAGUGCCCGCAACGGUCAUAAAUGCAAAUCCGCAGGCUUCGCACUCGGCAGCACCGCAGCCAGGUCCUGCAGCGCCCACGCAGCAACAGCGACCUCGAUUGCCGCCGAACGAAGACCCCCUCAUACCUUACAUUGACAAGGCCAUCUAUGGCGUCCUUGCUGCGAUUGUAAUACUCAUCUACAAG